AUGACCUCAAAAUUUUAUGAUCAUAAACCAUUGGACAGUGAUGGCAAUGUUUAUUCAUUUGAAGAACAUUUAAAGGGUAAAGUUGUAUUGAUAGUCAACGUUGCAUCGAAGUGUGGUUUCACUCCACAGUAUAAAGAUUUAGAAAAUCUGUACAGAGAAUAUCACGAAAAGGGAUUUGUGAUUCUAGCAUUCCCAUGUAAUCAGUUUGGCCAUCAAGAACCUGGUACUGAUGAAGAAAUUGGUAGGUUCUGUGCAUUAAAUUUUGGUGUUUCAUUCCCAAUCAUGAAGAAGAUUGAUGUUAAUGGUGUCAACACUGAUCCAGUCUAUGAAUAUUUAAAAAAUGAGAAAGUUGGUAGUCUAGGAUUGAAAGGUGUUAAAUGGAAUUUUGAAAAAUUCUUGGUUGACAGAAAUGGUACUGUCACUAACCGUUUCUCAUCAUUAGUUGGUCCAACAAGUAUUGAACAAAAUAUUAUAGAAUUAUUAAAGGAAUAA